CACUGGCGCGAGCUCAGCCCUCCUCGCUCACGGUAUCGAUGAAGUUGUUUCAAAGAUGGCGGACUUCCUGCCGUCCCGCUCCCUUUUAUCAGUAUGUUUUCCAAACUGUCUCCUUACGAGUGGCGAGGCGGAGCAGUUACGGAAAUCGAAAGAAAUAGAUAAAUGUAUUCACCGAGAUAAGACGUACGUUAAGAGGCUAGUAAAGAUCUUACUACUCGGAGCGGGUGAGAGCGGCAAGUCCACCUUCCUCAAACAGAUGCGCAUUAUCCAUGGGCAGGACUUUGACCAGAAGGCCAAGGAAGAGUUCCGAGCUACAAUUUAUAGUAAUGUUAUUAAAGGUAUCCGAGUGUUGGUGGAUGCUAGAGAAAAACUGCAUAUCCCAUGGGGCAAUCCGGCCAAUCAGCAGCACGGAGAAACCAUGAUGGCGUUUGACACCCGGUCAGCUGUGGCCCUUGGUCACGGCAUGGUGGAGCCCAAAGUUUUUCAGCACUACCUGCCUUCUAUCCGGGCUCUGUGGGCCGACCAGGGCAUCCAGAAUGCCUAUGAUCGACGGAGAGAGUUUCAGCUGGGGGAGUCAGUCAAGUACUUCCUGGAGAACUUGGAAAAGCUGGGCCAGUCGAGUUGUGUCCUGAAUCCCAUCAUCUCCUUGCAGGACUACCUCCCGACGCAGCAGGACAUCCUCCUGGCCAGAAAGCCCACUAAGGGCAUCCACGAGUACAACUUUGAGAUUAAGAACGUGCCCUUCAUAAUGGUGGAUGUUGGCGGGCAGCGCUCCGAGAGGCGACGUUGGUUUGAGUGCUUCGACUCGGUCACUUCCAUCCUCUUUCUUGUCUCAUCUUCUGAAUACGACCAGGUGUUGAUGGAGGACCGGCAGACCAACAGGCUCAGCGAGUCCCUCAACAUCUUCGAGACCAUCGUCAACAACCGGGUGUUCAGCAACGUCUCCAUCAUCCUGUUCCUGAACAAGACGGACCUGCUAGAGGAGAAGGUGAAGCAGGUCUCCAUCAAGGACUACUUCCAGGAGUUCUCGGGCGACCCCGCCAGCCUGGCGGACGUCCAGCGCUUCCUUGUGGAACGCUUUCGUAAGAAGCGGCGUGAGCAGCAACAGAAGCCGCUGUACCACCACUUCACCACGGCCAUCAACACCGAGAACAUCCGGUUGGUGUUUCGCGACGUCAAGGACACCAUUCUGCAUGACAACCUCAAGCAGCUGAUGCUGCAGUGAGGGGGCGGGGUCAGUCGGAGGAGGGAGGGGGUAGAAGGAGGCAGAAAAUGGCCGCCAUGGUGCCUUUUUCCUAACAACGGUCCUCGCGUUUAGUCUCCUCCUUUUAAACCUCCCACUCACUUCUACACCUGCUACUGCUUGUUCACUGUGACUUAUCAGAGCCAGCUCCAACCACUGUAACUGACCCGGACCCACCGCCCCCACUGUCACCUCUGCACGCCACGCUCCGCCCCUCUUUACCUGCCGCUCUGGCAGAGGGAUGUGCUGGUUUCAAGCCAGUGAAGCGUCAACAGAUAGGAAAUCUAAUCGUUUGUGUUUCUAAACUCUGAACAUGCUGUACCUUCCUCAGGGCUCUAAUCUAUGACCCUGUUACAGAUAUUUCAAGUAGAUCUGGAGGCUGUUGUAGCCAGCUAACGAGCCAGCUAGCCAGCCAGCCAGUGCGCUAGUCAGUCAGUCAGCCAGCCAGCACAGUGCUGCAGGGAAGACGUCCCUGGGUUUUUCCAGACCCUGCUAUUCCACACCAUCCAAACUCAUCACUAACGAUUCUUGAUAAACUUACUUGUAGACUUUAAAUGAUUUCUUACUAUUUUCUGACUUUUAAUCAGAUGAUGGGUUCAAAGGAUGAAGGUUUUCUUUUCUACAGCCGGCCUCAGAUCGGGGCUGCUUCCCUCAGCCUCGCUAUGUCCAGAUAAGAUGCUCAGAGUGGGCAAUAACGCCACCAGAGUAUGGUAGGAAAUACUGACAUGGAGCUGAUUAUUGACCCCUGAUGCAAUAAAACGCUAAAUUCAGCGUUGUGCGAGACGACUGCUGUAACCCAGACUACACAACUUCUUUACAUAAAAACUUUACAGGUUAUUUGUUUUACACCUUUUUUCUCAAAUCGUUAAAUGUCGGUCCUAAUCGGAAAUUCCAAACGUGAUUUUUCAAGUUAAUUUAACCAUUUAGUCAAACCUCGGAUUGAGGAGGAGCAGUGUGGUUUUCGUCCCGGUCGUGGAUCAGUGGACCAGCUCUACACCCUCUUCGGGGUCUUGAAGGGGACAUGGGAGUCCGUUGCACCAGUCUACAUGUGCUUUUGGUUUCCCUGUUUUGGUUGGUUUGGAUUAAACAAAUUUACAGGUGGAACUAAAACAUUUAGAAAAUCUCACAAAACUUAAUUUAUUUCAGUAAUUCAACCUAAAAAUGGAAACUAAUACAUUAAAUGGACUCAUUAUAUGCAAACUGAGAUAUUUCAAGUAUUUGUCAUAAUUGUGAUGAUUAUGGUUUAAAGCUUAUAUAAAAAAACUAAAUCUCAGAAAAUUAGAAAAGUGUGAAAAGGACCGGUGUUGUAGCCUCUAAGAGCCAAUCAAUCAACUCUAACCAGCUGAUCCAUCCAAACACCUGCAGAGGCCUCCUGAGCAUCUAGAUGGUCUCAGUCUGUUCCAGUAGAGUCCAGCAUCAUGGGGAAGGCUGCUGACCUGACAGCUGGACAGAAACCAUCACCUCCCUCCACCAGGAGGAAAAGCCUCAGCAGGCGGCUGCAGAAGAAGCUGGAUGAUCAAAGUGCUGCAUCAAAGCUCAUCAAGAAGAAGCUGAGAGGAAGGAGAAGCUGGAACAAGCAGCAGGAUGAAGCAGCUGGAGAGGACGGUCAGGAAAAGCUUCACCAGGACUGGACUGAGGCUGGAGUUAGAGCCUCCAGAGCCACCACACAGACGGAUCCUGGACCUGGACUCCAUGUCGUCGUCCUCUAGUCCAGCUGCAGCGUCUACCAGGAGGUCUUAGAGCUCUUCAUGCUUCCUUUGUGGAGAUGCUGACUUUAUCUUCCAGCAGGACUCGGUACCUCCCACACUGCCACAAGAACCAGAAUCUGGUUCAAGGAUCAAGGAUUACUGGGCUGGACUGGCCACAGACUCUCCAGACCUGAAAGAAAUUCAGUUUUACACAUCCUCUAAUUUUUUUAGUUUUACCUGUAUAUCCUGCGUCCUGAACUCAGCCUGCUGCUGUAGCUCAACCAGUGUCACCGACCACAUCUCAGGAUGUUUAGGUCAAAGUGAAGCAGGUGUGUUUGACCUUCCUGGUGGGUGGUUAGUAGACUGGGGCGGACACAUCAGGUUGUGGCUUCACGUCCUCUGACAUGUUUUCAUCAACUGGUUCUACCAGUGGCAUCCUGAAAAGCACCUGAAAGCCUUGUCCUCCAGUCACAGAGCUGGACCACUAGCAUGAAAGUGUUUCCUCGUCCUGUUAGAAGAGGAACUGACCAGACUGAAUCCUGCAGAUGUUGCAGCGUAACUUUCCCUGCAUCUGUCUGCAUGUGGAUGAAGCAACGCUGUCUGUUCUCAGCCGGCAGAAGGAGCUCCUUUGUCUCCAUCCAGACCGUCACGUCAUCGGCUCGGACCAAAGCCCUGACACGGUCUGAUUCAUGCUGGUUUCUGCAGAGCACAUAUGUGAGCUCUGAACUGAGAACCAACUGGCAACCUGCCGCUCCUAUGAUGUGUUGCAGCAGAUCCGCCACACAGGAUCAACCAGCCUGGACUAGUUUUCUAACCUGGAUCAGGUACAAAUCACAUCUGCAGGCGUGGAUCAAGUCUGAUGUUCAUUCUGUUGAAUGAGUCUGUAGCUGCAGACUGAGUUAUGUUCCAGAUUCUUAGUCUGGAGAUAAAAGUUAGUAACUUCUGUCAGAAACGCUCCGUCUGCAGGUGAAGCUGAACUAGAGUCACCUGAACGAUCGUGACUUGUCUGAAUGUGUGAAAGUGAUGAAAGAAAGGGUGUUUUUAGUACCGAUGAGGAUGAAUGGGAGCCGGUUGGAUAAAUCCACUGCGGGCUCGCUGGGGCAGCAGGGAUGAGAAAGCUUCCUGGUGAAGGAUGCAGAGCUCAAAGGGAAGCAGUUUGACGGUUAGUCGUCGUCUCGUCAGUAUUUUAGAGGAAAAGGUGUUUGUUGGAGGUUGUGAUACACCUGCUGUGAAUGCAAGCGUACACGUCAACGUCCGCUACGUUCGUGUAAAUACUUGCUGCAAACGACAGAAGCAAAACUGCUCAAUACUGUAGGUCACCACUAGGGGCAGUACACAACACUUCUGAAAAAGUGAAAAGGUCAAUCUACGGGUCACGUUGUAUGUCUGGGGCGUCAAACCCCCAAAACACUUCCUAUCUGUUGCCAAGUGUUCAGGUAUGAGUGUUACUGCGUGACGGGGAAGAGAACUCAUUCAAAUCAGGACGUUGGGGACAAGGUCCGAGAGAUGCUCUUCAAACACAUCCACCAUGUUUACCUCGGCUCUCCUGUUCAUGCUCUUGUUCACAUACUCUAGUCCAGUUGUUCCCAACCUUUUACCCUCGGGGACCCCCUUCAUGCAAAAACUGAAAUGCCAUGGCCCCUGGUCCACCCUGUGCUGAAACCAGUGGAGGUUCUCACCAUAAAUCGAGCACUGUUUGAGUCCUGUCCUUUGAAAAAGCCACAGUUAAAUGAACAUACAGCUUACUUUUCCCUUAAAAUAGGGACAAUGUGUGAACAUUAAUCACAAUAGCUCUGAUGUUCAAAGCCUCAGGGACCCCCUAUGCUCUUUGGGGGUCCCGGACCCCAGGUUGGGAACCACUGCUCUACUCGUUACCGCGUGUCAACGCGAGCGGCCGACGUGCCAAACGAGCGCUAGCAAUGCAUGGCGGCCAUGAUAUGUGCAGACGUGUCACUAACAGCAGGAAUAUCCCAGCCAGGCCGGAUCUCUGCUGAGUCCUGGGGUAACAGUGCCUCUGGUGGACCGACACAGCUGGGGGUCCACACUCCUGACCAGUCACUUCAUUUCAGAGGGUUUUAAUUCGUUCAUCUGAUCUCAACCGGCUGAAAUCAGUAUUUCAUGUGCUCCGUGUCCUCAGGAGUCCGUGCUGCAAAGCCAACACUACCUGUGUCUUAUCUUUCUGAUACUGCCUUUUGUACCUUGCCGCCUCACAUAUGAUGAUGAUGAUCGACGUCUGUAAUAUUUCUGUAACUGUGGUGUCCAGACUAUACAACAGCCAAGCUCCACAGGAGCGAGCAGGUCUCCCCAUGGUUAGUGCCUCCUGAUCUUUUUUAGCUUGUUGCCCAGGCGAUGAUGUCUGGUGUUUAUAACAUUUCUUUAUGCAAUAAAGCUUUCAUUGUACAGUCUUAACUUAUGCAUUUUAUUAACCAACUAUUCCCAAUAAAUCAGCUGUUUUU